AUUAAAGUCGAAACCAUGCCGUCAAUCCUUCUCUUUCGCUUGCUUCUGUUCGUGGCUGUUUUCUUUUUGUAUCUGCCUUCGCAAAUCCUUGCGCAGACAUCCACACCUGCGGAGACGACACCAUCUGCGACCUCGAGGCCACCCGUUACAAACGGCACAACUACAGCGCCUCCUUCCGUGGAACCAACCCGAUCUUUCCAAACAGAACCCGAUGUCUAUCUGAACGUGCCGGAACUCCAUGUUGGACGCAUCGAACUCGGAGUGGAAGAGCUACAGGCCGACAUCAAUCUAAACGCAAAAGUUGCAGGCCUCGUUCAGAUCAAUGCAGGCGUGCAAGUCUCCGUCCAGAAGAUCAAUGUUACAAUCGCAGAUGUCGAUGUCAACCUCGAACUGAUUGUCCGCCUGGGAAAUCUCGUCGACAUUGUGGAGCGUGUCUUUGAAUCCAUCGAUCUCAACCCUCUCCUUAUCGGUCUCGUCAACAACGUUACGAAUCUGGUGGGCGACGUCAUUGGUGCUGUGGACGGUCUCCUCGGUUCCAUUACUCAAGGUGGCACGACGCUGAAUUUCCUGAUUGACAACCUCGGAAACAUUGUGCAGGAGGUCGUUUCCGGCGCUACGGGGGCGGUUUCGACCAUUGUCGGAAACUACAAGCAAAACAUGACGCAAGUUGGAGAGGAGAAGCAAGUAGGACAGGGUCUGAUCCAGAAGACGUUCUCGUAUGAACCGCUGAAUGCACUGGUGGAUAUUGUCUUCAACUCGGCUGGCCAGGUGGUUCAGGCUGUGGUGCAGAAGAAAAGGGGAGGAGGCGGAUCGCCGACUGGUACGCCUUCUUCUACUCCUAUGCCUGUAACACUCCCUGUUAGCACUGCGACUGGUACAUCUUAGAGAGAGUAACCCUCAAUAUGAUAAUAUAAUUCUUGUGCAUUGCACGAAGUCACCUGUCCGCGUUUUGUUUAAUGAGUUCCUUGAACCCUGGGAAGAAAUUGAUGCGGUUGCGCUCCCUCGUCUUCUUGGCCUAGCGAGCAACGAUCACUAUGGCAAGGACCGGCGUUUCGAUGCCUGGGGGUGACGGGGGUGACGGGGGUGACGAUGGUGCGACAUACAUAUAUCGACGAAUAAAUAGAUAGGUUAUCUUAAAUGUUAUCGAAGGUGCAGAGGCGUAUGUCUAUAGUAGACUGUGCUGGGAGGGCGGUAGAAGUCGUGUACCUAGCAGGUUGAAAUGUGUAAGGCCGGGCAGACUUGGCUGUUCCUACGGAAUAAGCAUCUACAGUAC